AUGUUUGUUAACAAUCUUCGCGAACAUGCCACUUCUGAAGGUCAACGUCUGCAGUUGAUUCGAAAAAUGCUCACAGACAACCUAAAACCUGAGUACUAUCGCAGCAAGGGUCGUUCGCCUCUUAACGGCAUCACCGACCACUUUCAAUAUUGUCAUUCUUUCGUCAGCACCACCAACGGUAGUGCUGCUACCACCACCACCGAAGAUUUGUUGUUGAUGGAUUCAAACUCCCCUUCCACCGGCUUCCUCCGUCAGGCCUCUCUCUCCUCCGCCAGUUUGUUGGGCGAUCUGAACGGCAAACCACUUUUCUAUAUGCCUGCGCUCUCUGCUGAUGUGGAUCCCCUCCUUCCCGUCUCAAAGUCUUCGAAGUCGUCUUCUGCCUCUAGCAAUGGCGCUUCGCCGGUCGCUGCCACUGACGCUAUCAUAGAUUCGGUUUUUGAUGCCGCAACGAUCAGCUUCCCGUUGGACCUGAAUCUUGAUCUCUCCCAAAUGACCGUCUCUUCACGCCGCUCAACCAAACCGAAGCAUCGCCGUAAUCAAACCAGCAACAGCUCUCUCUCCAGUCCACAAUCUCCUUCACCGGCGAAGCCUUCAAAGUCGUCCGCCUCCACCUCCUCUGAGAAGGAGCUUCCAUCAAAAGUUUGUUCUUCAACGCCUUCGUCAAAGGUGGAAGAGGAAGAAGAGAAAAAGACGGCAGUGACGGUGAAAGCGAUUCCAGCAAUCAAUGUGAGUGAUAACAGCAAUGCUAACAAUAAGGCUGUCGAAGAUGGGAACGAGGAUGAUGGUGACGACGGUGGAUUUAUCAUGGUCACCACGAAGAAGAGGAACCGUCAAGCGCGGUCUGCAGCAAAAGCCACCAACGCUGCUAGCCAUCGAUUUAAUCGUCCGCAGCAUCUACCUCCUCCUCCUCCUGCUCCUCCACCGUCCAGAAAGUCUAAGUAUCCACUACACCAAACCAAAGUUUUGUUGAAACCUCCAGUCCCGGAGAGGUUGUCUAGGCAGCAUCCAAGACUGAGUGGAGAUGCUUCUGUUUUUCUCCCUCCCUUCCGUCCAUUUCCUCGUCUUUUACCGAUCCAGUUGGUCUUUCUUUUUACGAGUGUGGUCCCCUGCCUCCUUUUCUCCUUGAACCCCCCCUUCCCUCCUCCCCGGCCCCACCUUGUCGAAGUAGCAGCUGCUGUUGGUCCCGCAUUGUUCCGCUCACUUGGAAUGAGUCAGACAGACGGCCGCCUGCAUAUUCUCGCUUUUGCCUUUGAUCACACACAGAGCGAAAAAAAGUUGGAUGCCAAUGUUGCUGCGGCCUCCACAUCUACCCGAAGUUCUGCCGUGGGACUGAUUGCUUUCUUGCAAACUCGUGAUCAACAUGAGAGUCAACGUGUCAGCUUUGUCACGUUCGCCUUGGAUUAUGAGCAGCUGGCUGAGACGCGUUAG